ACAACAACCACAAGCGACGCAGCGCCCCGGGGAACGACUUGUGUAGCUGUCGCAAUCAACAACAUCGGAGCUAAUGGUAUAUGUGGCUGUGACUACGAUGUGUAUACAUGCCUCGAGCGCCUGUCCAACCUCAGCGAGUGGUCCAUCUCCACAACAGCUGGAUCGUUCAAUGGCUGUAUGAAGGAUUGCGAUUCUGAGCCGAACUGCUACAGCUUCACGUUCCAGAUCAGCAACGGAUCAUGCAAAAUGUUUGGCGGUAUGCUCAAUGGAGGGAAUGGAGUCGUUCAAGCUCCGGACUUUAUUUCGGGAGAGGUUGUCAAAGGCACAUGCACUGGACACUGCGAUGGCUCGUGA